AUGGAUAGUUUCGGGUCGGAUUAUCUGUACGUUGGAGGUGACCGGAGGCUCGAGGUGGUGAGUGGAAAGGGGUUCGGUUCCAACCAGGUCUACGCGACUCGGCCUGGCUCGUCGGAUCUGCCACCAGUUCCGCGCAGAGUGACUCGACCCAGUCAGCCAGCGUCGAAGCCGUGGGGCUUCAACGACCCCGAAAGGAAGAGGAAGAAGAGGAUCGCCAUGUAUAAGGUUUAUACGGUCGAAGGGAAGGUCAAGGCUUCGUUGAGGAAAGGGCUACGUUGGGUCAAGAACAAGUGCUCUCAGAUCGUCCAUGGAGAUGGAUACUAA